CUGAACUGCAAGUUAUUCAACAACACAGCAAGUAUGUCACAACGAAAGAAGAAAAAGCUUGCAAAAGUCACAACCCCUCCAUCAAACCAAAAACACCCCAUAAAACCCCCAAACAACAACCCAGAGCCCCUCGACUCACCAAUCCAACAUACCCCCUCCACCACCAACACCCCAAACUUCCACGACCUAGGCAUAUCCAACCCCCUAUGCACAGAAUGCACCUCCCAUGGCUACAAAACCCCCACCCCCAUCCAAACACAAUGCAUCCCCCUAGCACUAUCCGGACGGGACAUGAUCAGCCUAGCAGAGACAGGAAGCGGCAGGACAGCCGCUUUCGUACUACCGAUUCUAAAAAGCCUGAUUCACAAGCUGGGGCGUCUACACUCGCUUAUCCUUGCGCCCAUUAGGGAACUCGCGUCGCGGAUUGCCACUGUUGUGGGGAUCUGGGAGGCGAUAUCAUUGGCGAAGAAGCCGCAUGUUAUAGUCGCUACGCUGGGGCGGUUGCUUGAUGAUUUGGAGAAUACGAAGGGUUUUUCGAUGCGGGAGUUGAAGUAUUUGGUUCUGGAUGAUGCAGAUAGGCUGUUGGAUUGUGAUUUUGGUCCGGUUCUAGAUAGGAUUCUGAAGGUGUUGCCAGGCAGGACGACGUAUCUUUUCUCAGUGACUAUGUCUAGUAAGGUUGAGACACUUCAGCGGGCGUCGUUGACGGAUCCAGUGCGGGUUUCGGUGUCUAAGCAGCGUCGGACGUCUGCUACGCUUUUGCAAUGUUAUGCUCUCCGACUCACCAUCAUGCUUCGAAAUCUAGGGUUCCCUGCCAUCCAUAUCCACGGCCAACUCUCGCAGAGCGCUCGAUUGGCGUCCCUGAAUAAAUUCCGCUCUCGAUCUCAGAAUAUACUCAUCGCCACAGACGUCGCAGCCCGCGGGAUCGACAUACCGUCAGUAGACCUGGUCGUGAACUAUGAUCUACCCGAGGACAGCAAAACAUACACUCACCGUGUUGGAAGGACGGCGCGCGCUGGUAAAAGCGGGAUUGCAGUCUCAAUAGUCACUCAGUACGCUUAUAAAACAUAUUUACGGAUCGAGGAAGUCCUAAGAAAGAAGCUGGGUGAAUACAAGAUCCCGAGAGAUGAAGCCAUGCUCUUCCCUGAACGCGUCAGCGAUGCUUAG